AUGGGCCUUCGAGUAAAACUACGACGGGCAUUCACUUCCAAGAAAGCCAGUCCCGACGAUUCAACACCUCGCAACGAGCAAUACUACACCGACCGUACAGACAUCGAGUACUACAAGCCUCACGAGAUCCCCAAGUCCAAAUACAAAGGCAGAGUCGAUCCAGAGCAUCAAGCCAACCUGGCAGCCUUCUCACUAGCCGAUGCCUUUUCAACAGCCCGGAGACGGACGUCACUUGCCCUAUCCGGCAGCUUUUCCCCAGGUGGCACCAAGGCCCAGAGCAGAGCAGCAAGUCGGGACCCAAGCCAAGCUCCAAGCAGAAGAUCGUCAUGUCAGGAUCAGCCGGGAUCGAGACGGAGGAUGGAGAGCGCCGGGGAGUCAGAUGGAAGUGAUGACUCAACCAGCACCAGCAGGGAGAAGAGUGUAGCUGCCAGUACAGCGCCGGGCCCUGACACUGCGAGCACGUCCCUCUCUGAUCAGCCAACUGCGGCCCCUUUCGCCCCUGCCGAACUCACCGCGAAACUCACCCAACAUGACAGCGGCAUUGAUAUGGGUAACGGUCUCUUGAAGCAAGUCACGGCUCCCGACACGCCCUUCACUGCCGAAGAGCUAGAGCAAGCAAUGUCGCGAGCAACUUUGAAGCCAAGAGGCUUGGGUGCCGAGGGCAAGGGCAUCGGUGUUGCUUCGUGA